GUAACAUAACCAAAGUUCAAAACAUUUGCAAAGACUUUCGAUGAAUUAAAAAAUUGUUUUGUUUUUUCAUCUGAAAGAAAAAGUAACACUUAGAAAGCAUUUUUUUUUUUCAAAUUGGUGUGAACAAAACGAGAAGAAUGUCAACUCGAUGGUACCCAAUUUAUAAACGUGGCAAUCCACAAUUACGUGUAUUUAUGCCGAAUUUCUGGAUGAAAAUGGUGCGAAACGAUCAGAAACCAACACCGCCUGCAAAUGUGGUCACAUUUCAUUGUUCCAUGGAGAUGACAAAACACGACAUUAAAAAUUAUUUGACCAAAAUUUAUAAUGUUCCCGUAGUAGAUGUACGAACAGAAGUGAGACUUGGUGAAUUCUUCCGUGAUCCAAUAAACAAGUAUGUCAAAAAGAAAGAUGACUACAGAGUGGCCAUUGUAACUAUGCCCGCCGAACAGACAUUUGAAUUUCCAACAAUACACGACGAAGAGAAAACCGAAGAAGAAAUGAACAAAGCAAAGAAAUCGAUCAGAGAGCAGGCCGAUCUAUUGAAAAAAUUUAUCAAACGCAAUGAAAAUAGUCGAAAUUCACCGCCAUUCUUCUCAAUAUAAAAAAUGUGAACGAAAAAUGCAUUUUAUGUAAAAUACAAUCACGAAAGAAUAGUUUUUAUUUAGAACAGAAUAAAGCAGUUAAAAUUUAAAGCCCUAUA